AUGCUCAACAAGGUUCUUCAACGCAACACCUCAACUCACAUCAAGCCUUUGAUGAAAAAUUUCUUGUCCCAACCGUCAUCAUUUGGAGGUUGCCUUCUAUCUAACAAAUUAGGAGGAUCUUCAACUUGUUCAUCAUUCCAUACCACUUUGAAGACUGGGGUAUCGGAUCGUGAAACCGAAUGGGAAAGACAACACAGAGAAAGAAUGAGAAAACAAGAACAAUUGUGGAAGGAAUCACCUGAGAAAUUGAUUAGAUACUUUGUUGAAUUGAAAUUCCUCAAAAAUUGGAAUAGAAGCAAAGUACUCAUGUUACUUGUAUUUUCAUUUGUUGGGUAUUAUGCCUAUGAUAAAAUAUCCGGUCGUCAUGGAUUAGCCUCUGGUAUUUAUCAAUUAUUAAACGGACCAAAGAAAGGAACAGGAGCUGUUAUUGAAAGUGACCCACAGGCCGAUCAACAACCAACUGAUGAAAGUGCUGCUACAUCUCCAAAACAACAAUUGUUGGACCGUAUUGAUCCAUCACGCAUGAGAUCAUUUGCUUAUUUGGAUGUAGAACAUUCUGACUCUCGCUUUCAAAAUGUCAUCAAGGGACGUAUUAUUAUUGGGUUAUACGAUAAAGUAGUUCCUGUAACCAGUUACAAUUUUGCUAAAUUAUGUGAAAGCAAGGAGUUGAAAGGAACCAUUUUCCAUCGUGUGAUUAACAAAUUCAUGAUUCAAGGAGGAGACACAAAACAAGGAACAGGAAUGUCAAGCGUUCCAUACAUUGGAAGAGCAACAGAUGCCUCUGUAUCAGAAGAGUUGAAGAAUAAGAUUAAUGACAUGCUGAUCAAAGAUGCUCUGGGAAAUGUCAUUCAAUUUAAGGAUGAGAAUUUUGACCUCAAACACAACGAACCAUAUUUGGUGUGUAUGGCAAAUAGAGGUCCAAACACAAACGGCUCUCAAUUCUUUAUUACCACGGAAUCAACACCACACUUAGAUAAUAAGCAUGUAGUAUUUGGCAAGGUUUUGCAAGGAAUGGACAUUGUGGAUCAAUUACAAAGAGUUAGAACCAGUGCACGUGACAAACCCAUUGAUUCUAUCAAAAUUGUUGAUUGUGGUGUGUUAAGUGUGGAUGAUUUAUUGUAG